AUGGUUGGGAAAAAGAGCGGAAAGGCUCUCCUCAGAGAGGAGGGGCUGGAGAGAACUGAUAACAACAUGGAGCUCACAUCCUGGCCUCAAAUCACGGCUAUAAACCAGAAGAACUAUUACACAGAAUAUCUCAAAAGAGACGAGCAGAUCCUGGCAUUUCGAUCGCAGCAGGAGGAAGCUCGCAUCAGAAUGAUCAAAGAAGCCAAGGACAGGGAUAGAGCACUGGCACAGGGCAAGGCUGUCGGCCCAGAUGGUGACAUUGAAAUGGAAGAAGGAGAGGAACAGGCUGAAGAUGAAGCGUCUAGCGGUGCUAAAACUAUUGUUAUUCAUAUCGGAUCGCAGAAUCUGAGAGUCGGACUCGCCAACGAUGCGCUUCCAAAGACAGUCCCCAUGGUCAUCGCACGUCGCGCACCUAGGUCGGAAAGCGAAGAAGGAGACGGAGAGCCAGCUCCAAAACGAGCCAAACUGGACAAUGGACUGCCGCCGCCAGAACCGGAGAAGCGUUUUGGCGAAGACUUUGCCCAAAAAUUCGCCGCCAUGUCCCAUGAUCUGAAAGUGAGGAUGAGAAUGAACAAGAGAAAGGUGCUGCCGCAGUCCAGGGAUAUGGUCACCAGUUAUAAUCGGAGGAGCACCUAUGAGACAAUCACAGAACACAACGAUACUAUGCGAAUCGAAUGGACAGACACGACAGACGGGGAAAAGGACGCCCCCGAGUACAUCACCGGCAAAGCCGCUCUUCGCAUUCCUGAUCAGUCCACGCCUCGUUACAAAUUAUUCUGGCCCAUUCGUUUAGGAUUGAUCAACGAGCGCGACUACAAGUCGAAGCGCCUAUUGUGGGAGGAUAUACGCAUCAUCGUUGAAGAUGCUAUCAAAACCCAACUCGAACUCAAAAUCCGUACGCGCACCGACUGGAAUCAAUACAGCUGUGUCCUUGUCAUCCCGGACUAUUAUGAAAGGACCUAUGUUUCGAGUCUCCUGGACAUGGCGAUAACAGAGUUCGGCUUCGCACGAGUCUGUUUCAUCCAAGAAAGCCUGGCGGCUUCCUUCGGAGCAGGUUUCACCACCUGCUGCAUCGUUGACAUCGGCGCUCAAAAGACAUCGAUAUCUUGCGUCGAGGACGGGAUGGUCAUAGACAAUUCACGGGUCAAUCUGAAGUACGGGGGGAAGGACAUCACUGAAGCAUUUGUCAAAAUGGUCAUCUACAAUCACUUCCCAUAUUCAGAGAUCAACCUAAAUCGACGGUAUGAUUUCCAACUGGUCGAAGAACUGAAGCAAAAGUUCUGCACCAUGAACGAGGCCGAUAUUUCUGUCCAGCUCUAUGAUUUCCACCUUCGAGCUCCCGAUCAGGACACCAGAAAGUACACAUUCAAGAUCUACGACGAGGUGAUCCUUGCUCCUAUGGGAUUGUUCAAGCCUCACAUCUUCGACGACACUGGUAAAUUGGACGGUCGCCGCAAGCUGGUCGACAAAUCUUACGACAUCUACGAUGGCAAGCCGAACGACCCAAGCUCAUCUGCCCAAGCAGAGAUCCUGACCUCGAUCGCACCCGAGGAGGUGUUGACUUCCACCAAGAAGCCCGGUGCAAAAGCCAACGGCGUUGCCAACGGCGUGACCAACGGCGCGAAGGAGGAACAGUUCAAUGGCUCUCGCCGCCCUUCAUUCAGUAACAUCAAAGAAAUGGAUGCGACGCCACAGCCAUCAACCGCGAGUUCUCCAGCUCGCAACCUUGACGGGACCCCGCAACCCGACGAGAAUGACGUCGUCCCUCAGCGGGACGAAAAGCCCAAAGUCGAAGAGGAGGAGGAAGAGCCCGUCAGCAUCGAGAGACGCGAUGAUCUGCUGCCAAUCUACCCACUUCCUAAUGCAGUGGUGGCAUCUAUAACACAUGCGGCGCGUAAUUCCUCGCAGAGGACGAGCGAUCUCCUGGGUGGCAUCAUGAUCACAGGUGGCACAAGCAUCAUUCCAGGGUUGGCGUCGCAUCUGGAAGAACACCUCAAAGGUAUCCUACCUGGGUACAGCAAAGACAUCAUAAUCGGCCGUCCACCGAGGGAGCUUGAUCCACAGGUCGUAGUGUGGAAGGGCGGGGCUGUGUUUGGCCGCAUGAGUCGGACAAAUGAUAGCUGGGUCAGCGGUUUCUUGUAUGAGAGACUGGGAGAGCGAGUUCUCGCACACAAGCUAAUGUGGGCAUGGUAG